GUCACUUGUCAAAAAUGAUAAACAUUUUAAUCUUCUACAUUUUACCGAUAAUUUUGGUAGUUAUCGCAUUUUUGCGAUACAAGUUCGCUUUUUGGAAGAGUCAUGGCUUCGACUCAACCCAACCAUGGACUCCAUUAGGAGAUUUUGGUGACGUUGGAUUCCGCUAUCAUUUCGCCGAGAAAUUCGCAAAGCUCUAUGCCGAAACCGAAAAGAAGACAAAGUUCUUUGGAGCUUAUGCUGGGCUGUCACCAACUCUCAUCGUGAAUGACCUUGAUAUGUUACGUUUAAUUUUGGUGAAGGAUUUUCACAACUUCCAAGAUCGCAGUGUUUACUUCAAUGAAGAAGUAGAUCCAUUAUCGGCUCAUUUGUUCUCGAUCGAGGGCGAGAAAUGGCGUCGUAUGCGAAAUAACUUGAGUCCGACCUUCACAUCGGGCAAGAUGAAGCAAAUGUUUCACACAAUCUCAGACAAGGGACAGGAUUUGAUCAAGUUCAUCAAUGAUAACUACGCUAAAACGGGGGAAGUUGUGAAUGUUAAAGAAGUCACACAAAGAUUCACUGCUGAAGCCAUUGGGUCUUGUGCCUUUGGACUCGAAUGCAAUGCCUUAAAGAGCACAAAGGAACCUGAAAUCUUGAACAUUGCUAAGGAAGUUUUCGAAAGUACACCUUUUACGGCUUUUUACUUCUUCUUUAUCAGCACCUGCCAACGAAUUGCCAAAUUUUUCAAAUGUCGCGUCUUCAAAAAGUCCGUUGAAGACUAUUUCAUGCCGAUGAUUGAAUCAACAGCGAAACAUCGUGAAGCUAACAAUGUUCGUCGCAGUGAUUUCUUCAAUAUGCUCUUGAACUUGAAGAAUCACGGCACAAUUUACGACGACAAAGAUGGAAAUCCCUCAGAUAAAAUCAAUUUCAAUGAAUUGUGUGCCCAAGCUUUCAUCUUUUUCUUCGCUGGAUUCGAAACAAGUUCAACUGCCAUGUCUUAUGCUUUGUAUUUCAUCGCCAAAAACCCCGAGAUCCAACAAAAAGUGAGAGAUGAAGUUCGUAGCGUUAAAAAAUCUCACAAUGACGAAAUCAAUUACGAUGCUUUAAUGGAAAUGCAUUAUUUGAAUCAAGUGUUCAACGAAACACUUCGCAUGUAUCCUCCAGUUGGAAAUUUAAUUCGUUAUUGCCAAAACGACUAUAAAGUACCAGAUACUGACUUGAUAAUUCCAAAAGGCAUCAUGGUAAAUAUUCCCGUCUUUGGCAUCCAUUACAAUCCAGAAAUUUAUCCAAAUCCUGAGAAAUUUGAUCCAGAUCGAUUUUCGCCGGAGGAAGUUCAGAAAAGACAUCCUUAUGCAUUUUUGCCAUUUGGAGAAGGUCCUAGAAAUUGCAUAGGCAUGAGAUUCGCUCAAUUGCAAUCAAAAUUCGGACUGGCGACGAUAAUUGAUAAUUUUGAGAUAACGGUGAAUAAAAAGACGCAAGAACCGUUAAAAUUGGAUUUGAGUACGCCGAAUAUGGCGGUUAAAGGUGGAUUGUGGCUCAAUGCAAAGGCAUUAAAAUGAUUUUUUUGUGAUUAUUAACA